AUGAAGAUGCCGAGCCUGGUCGCGGCCGACGAAUCACGUACGCAUCAAACUUCUGACGCACUUCCGGGUGCAGAAGGUACUUCCUCGGAACAAAGAAUCUCCUGGCCAUCGCCCGUGCCCCUUCCGCCGACGCUGCAGGAACGGUCCCGACGAUCGCCCUCUGUCCGCCUGUCGCCUUCAACUCUUCCCUCCUCCGCUUCUUCAUCUGCUGUCGGCACGGCUGAUCAAGUCGAAGCCUUCAGCAUCGCUACACCUCCGGGCACACGGAACCGUUUCCCUCCCGACGACCCCGGGAACGACGUCGACUUCACCGUCGAGUGGGGGGGUGACAAUCCGACGGAUGGCCUUUCUGUCCUGCCCUCGGGACGCGUUGAAGGCUGCACACUCGACGAGCACCACCUCAGCGCCCUUGCCGAAAGCGACUUCUCUUCCCCCUCGAGUUAUCCCUCGUUCCUAAACCCGCUCGCCAGCGCCGAUCCAUGCCCAGAUCAGGUCCCGGGUCAAGUGCGCCAGCCCGUCGUCACCAACCUCCGCUCCUCGACCCCUCCACCACACAGUCCCUCGUCAGCCCACGAUAGGGCAAACGUCUCCCUUUCGAGAUCCACGACCCUGUGCUCGACAACGAGCGCUCGGGAACCGCAAAACGCACUCGACCCUACCAAAGUCGAUGACGAACCCAGGAUAUCGCCAACCCAGCAUAGCCCUUUCCCCGAGAUGCCGUCCUCACAAACGCCUGGUGCGCACCCUUGCAAGAAAAGGCGGGGUCCUGAGACGUCGAAGGCAAAGGUAUCCAAAGAAUCGACGGCCAUAGCUCUCCCCGACCUGCUGUCCGACGAUGACCUGUUUGGGGAAAACGAACACGCCAAGUCGAAAGCGGAUGUCGGAGAGCUCGCGACGAUUGAUCUAACGAGCACAAAUGAGGUGCCUGAGGAAUUGACGAAGCCAGCGACGGACAACCGCGUCAAGCUGUCUGCUUUCCAAUGCGUAAUUUGCAUGGACGACGUCACCACCUUGACCGUCACUCAUUGCGGGCAUCUCUUCUGUCAGCAGUGUCUGCACUCUUCCCUUCACGUCGAUACGACCAGAGGCAAAUGCCCAAUGUGUCGCGCCAAGAUCGACAUGAAGGCUCGACCUACCUAUAACAGGUCCACCAAGGGCUUCUGGCCCUUGGAACUCAAGCUCAUGACGGCAGCCAAAAAGGGCAAACGAAAAGCCGACCAAAUAACCUGA